UAAAAAACAGCACGUGUAUAUAAAUGACAUGACAACAAACGACGUCGGCAGUCUCUAUUGGAUUGUAGUGAAAUAGAGUGCUAGAGGUAAUUUUGUGUUGAAUCCAUUAGGUAUAAUAGUUGCAAUGAAGCAACCUAUACUCUUUAUAAUAAUUACUGUGGCAGUGAUAUGUGGUACACAAGAACAACGAAAUGCCCGUGUUAUUGAUUCGACGUCAUCCUACACAAAUAAUAAUUUAGUGGAAGACAGUUUAAUCGAUAAUGAAUUAAUCGUAUCCUUUGUGGUUUUUAGACACGGGGACAGAACUCCCGAUCCUGCAGAGUUAGCGCUGUUUCCUGCUUGGCAUAUUGAUGACAAGGUCUUUUUCCCACAUGGAAAGCAAUCUUUAACAACCAAAGGUAGACACCGUGCAUUCGCACUGGGAGAGUAUUUGAGACAGCGGUAUAAUGACACCAUCAGUGAGCUGUAUUUGCAGGAGGAGAUAUCUGUCCGUACCACCGACUACGCACGAACCAAAAUGACGGCCUUGUCCGUAUUGGCGGCACUGUAUAUGCCUCAGCCAUCUCAGAGAUGGCAUCCAGAUAUAAACUGGCAGCCAGUUCCAUACAGCACAGUACCCUCCAAAGAUGAUGAUCUCCUCUAUUUUGACACUUGUUCUCUAUACAAAACGUUAAGAGAAAGAAUCUAUGAUAUACCCACAAUACAUGACACGAUUGAUUCCUAUAGAGAUUUGUUCAAGACAUUGAGUGUGGAAACAGGAAGGAAUAUAACGACACCUGAAGAAGUAUUCUUUCUGGAUAACCUAUUUCAAGCUAUGGAAAAUGUAGGUGUAGCGGCUCCUAAAUGGGUUGAACACGUAAUGCCGCAAAUAAAAAAUAUGACCAAGAUCGAUUACUACAGCCAGUAUUACAACGCAGAACUGACUAGAUUAACAUCAGGAGUACUUUUAGCAGAUAUACUGAACAUAACGAAGUCUGCCAUCGCUGGUAACACGGAUGUAGCGAAGUUGUACCUAUAUUCGGCUCACGAGCACAACGUCGCCGCACUGUUAGCUGCCCUUAGGGUGUGGGUACCUCAUCAACCUAAGUACGCAUCCGCCGCGUUCUUAGAACUAAGGAGGAAUCUGGACACUGGAAAAUAUGUGGUUAUGGCGGUGUAUGCACCAGAAGCUGGGGGACCAGGCAUAGUGCUGCCUAUUGAAGAAUGCGGCGGACAACCAACAUGCGACUACGACAAAUUCAUCUCACUCUCUCAAGAACUGUUACUAUCACGCCAAGACUUCAAAAACAUAUGCUCUACUGUGUCCUAGUAUUAAUAAUUAAAAACGUUAAAACUAUUAGCUUUUAAACUCUUUCAUUGUAUCCUUUUAUAUACCCAUAUUCGGUUCACUGCUGAGCUCGAAUCUUCUCUCGGAAUGAGAGGGGUUAGGCCAAAUAGUCCACCAC